AUGAAUUCCUGGUUAGAUUCAGACGAGCCGGCGCGGAAGAGGAUGAGGAAAGGGACCAGGAGUUGCGCAGAGUGUCGGCGACGCAAGAUAAGAUGCACAUUUCAUCCAGAUCGCCCCGGAGCAUGCACUGAGUGUCGGUCAAGAGGCAUGAAAUGUGUUGAUCAAGAACAUACACUUACUCCCCCUCCGUUAUCUAGCAAUCGACGGGGCAACCAGCGGAGCAUUCAACUCGGGGAGCAGCCAUACAGUCUCCGCGAACGGGUCGCUCACCUGGAGAAUAUUGUUGAGGGACUUGUCAAACGACUAGAUCAAAGAGACAACACUACACCACCGUAUGAGCGACAUGAGAUCAAUCAAUUCGGCGCAAGCCCACUCAUCAAUGAACCAGACGAAUUAGGUCCAUCCAGUGACCAGAUUCGGAAUGCCCCAGUCUUACAGUUGUUUGACAAUUAUCUUGUCAGUCGCCAAGAGGACUCGUCAAACAAUGAUAGAUUCGCUGGUGUCAAGGACAUGUCGCCCAAGGCAGAAGCGGUGCGCACAGAACUUAUGGCUCUCAUGCCUCCCAUAGAUGAUAUGAACAAGAUCAUCAAUGCAUCCAAUCAUUGCUUCGUGUGGCAAGAUCAUUUCCCGGAUCUGUUCGAUCGACAUGACAGCAAAAUCAUCAUUGGUGAACGUUGCAGCGACGCUUUGGUGGCUCCCGCCGAAAUUGCUAAGGCACUCUUGUGUCUGUGUAUUAGUGCGAUUCAUGCUACAUCUGAUUUUGACUUUGAUGCUUUGAUUAAACCGCUGGAGCCUCGAAAGUUCCAUGAUCAAUGUAUUGAUACCGUGGACCGUUUGAUUGUCCGUGACGACGACUUCGCGGCUACCUUGCCCGGUAUAGAAUGCCAGAUGUUAUUACAGAAGAUUCAUUUGGCUGAGGGCCGACUCCGUAAAGGUUGGCUGGUGACCCGUCGGGCAAUUGAGUUCGCCCAUUUGGCUGGUAUGCACCUGUCCACCAAGGUUCCCAGGCCAAAUGACUCGCUCUAUGAGCGGCGUCUGAAGAUUUGGUGUUCUCUGGCAACCUCGGAUCGUUUACUGAGCUUGAUCCUUGGUCUGCCUUAUGGUAUCGCCGAUGCAUUCUUUUCGCCACAGAUGGAGCAGCGCCUCAAUUCGGAUCUGUCAGCCCCCGAGGAAUACUUACUGCGCAUUGGCAUCAUUUCAGGACACAUGGUGGACCGAAACCACGACCCAUCCAAGAUGACACUCGCAGCAACUUUACAACUAGACCAAGAGCUGCAGGAUGCCUGGAAACAUAUGCCAAAUCACUUCCAAGCCGCAGAACCGUGUCAAGAUGAAAAAUGGGAGCACUACAUAGAGAGGGUCCCGCUGCAGUUCAUGCUUAAGCUACUUCGUGCUUUCCUUCAUCUCCCCUCGAUGCUACAGUCCCUCCACGAUCCUCAAUUUCGUCCCUGUCAUAGGAUUGCGCUCGAGUCUGCAAGAGAAGGCCUUGUGCUAUACAGGGUUCUCCGGUCCACUACUAAACCCUAUUUGUGUAAAAUGAUCGACUUUAUGGCAUUUACGCUAUGUCUUCUCUUAAUAACCCAUUUGCAAGGCUUUUCCGAUGAGACACCAGAUUACAGCAAAGAGCAAGAUGAGCAAGACUGGGGUUUGGUAAAGAAGGUCGUUGAGACACUCCGUCAGUCGGCAACAGAGCUUGGAGGCUCGGUUGCUGCAGAGUCCGCAAACAUUCUCGGUGCAAUCUCCGACUCCAAAGACUCCAAAGAGGAAUGGAACUGUGCCACAAGUUGCAAAAUUACAGUGCCAUACUUCGGGACAAUUACAGUCGGUGCCGGCACCAAGUUCUCCAAGGGUUCUUCCAAAAACAAAGAGCAAACUUCCACAGUAUUGGAAACGCCGGAGACAGAAGCCUCUUGCUCGGCUCAAUAUCCUGGUCAACUCUAUACGCCGCCCAUGUCUGACCCCGAAAGUGCAUCAACUACGAACUCUAAUGCUUUGAAUGGUAGCCACACAACAUCCACCAUGGGGCCCGGUUAUCCAGAUGAAUCGUGGCUUCCGAGGAACGAGACAGCGCCUAGCUCACUGGUUGGGUUAGAGGUAAAUGCGUUCAGUGGAUUGUUUGAUGACUUCGGCCAGUAUAUGUGGCCGACCCCCGUUGUGGACCUUGGACUGGAUCAGGGCUGGAAUCUGAACUGGUUCGAUGGUGUUCCACCAUCAUGA